UGUGACCACCACGUCACGUCAAUAAAGGUGACCGUACCGUAUGUUUACAAUACAUAACGCGAAUUAAAGUUACAAAAAUAGUGACCGAUUUUAAUAUAAGAGAGUCCUUUAAUUAACAGAGUGCAGAUGCGUAAUCCGGGAAGCUAAGCUCCCGAGUUCUUCGACAACCAAUGAAAAGCUGCACAUUUGCUGUUUCUCCGAGAUCGAGCAGAGCCUGGUGCCGAGAUGAAAGUGAAACUGCUGAGUUUGUGUUCUCGUCUUGGUCAGUUCCGUCUUCUUGUUGACUCGUCGCGCACUCACUGGAUUGUUUUUUAUAUAUCCAUCCUCAAACUCCUCAUAAGAUGUCUUCCAAUGCGUGGCAACCGGCUUUUAAAACGAUAAAGGAACGAGGAAAGCAUAUGUGGAAAAACCCCGUACUCAGCGACGUGGAGUUCUUGGUGUGCACUAGCGCCGGUGUGAAAAUCAGUAUUCCCGCACAUCGAUAUGUGCUUGCUGUCAGCAGCCCCGUGUUUGAAGCGAUGUUCCACGGGGCAAUGGCUGAAUCAAGUCGAAAAGUCAGCCUCACCGACUGUACUGCCGAGGCCUUGAGCGAAAUGCUGAGAUACGCUUACUUCGACGAGGUGGAACUAACCGGAAGUAAUGUGAUGUCGGUUAUGUACCUUGCAGAGAAGUACAUUUUGCCAGGGUUGAAUGAGAAGUGUACCCAGUUCCUGCAAGAAAAUCUUGAGGCGAAAGACGUGCUUUUUGUCCUUCCAGAAAUCAUGAAAAUACAGGAUGAAAAUCUACAGCGCCAUUGUUGGAAACUGGUAGACGAGACAACCGAGGAAGUCGUGAUGUCUGAUGCAUUCCUGAGUGUCACGCGAGAGCUGUUGUGUGACAUCUUAGAUAGGGAUGAGCUGAUGAUCGAAGAGUUGGAGUUAUUCAAGGCUGUGGAUCGCUGGGCAGAGCAGCAGACUUCAAGUGAGGGACUGGGUGUGGAUGGUGAAUCUAAGAGGAAUGUUCUUGGUGAGGAAGCCAUUAGGCGGCUUCGAUUUCCGUUGAUUUCCCAAGAACAAUUUGUCAAACAUGUGCUGCCAAAAGAUAUUCUCAACAGGGAAGAGAUCGUUGAUCUUUUUGCCCACUAUGUGCUACCAAAAGAGAAGGGCUCUGUCCUUUUCAGAGCAACAUCAAGAGGCUUGAAAAUAAGGGGAGUUUCAUCCUCUGUUACAAGGUUUACUUCAGUUAGCCAUACGCCGUCAUACCGCACUUACAAUGAACAUUCUAUUUGCUUUGAAGUCAAUACAGAGAUUGAACUGUCAGCAGUCACAUUGUUUGGUAGUCUAGGAAACACAUAUAAAGUAAGUUUAAAAAUAGAAAGAGAUGGACAACCAGUCUACAAACAGAAGAAUCGUAAUUUCUCAAGUACACAUAUAACCAUGCUAGGACAUGACUGCCCUGGAUUUGUAGUCACCUUUGAUUACCCUGUGCUCAUAGAGCCCUAUUCAACUCACAUCUUGCGAGCAUGGAUCGAUGGUCCAGAUACUUGUUCUGGGCAGAAAGGGCUGUCAGUUGUGAUAAAUGGAGAUGUUGAGUUUAAUUUUAUGGAUUCCCCAGACAGAUUUUGGAAUUCUGGAGCUGAAGGAGGUCAGUUCCCUGUAUUUCACUACAUUUAUUAAAAAAACAGAAUUGCAGUGUGACAACUAAUUUUUUUUUUCCUCCAACUCAUUCAUACCGUUGCAUAUAUUUGUGUAUAUGUUAACAAAUCUGUCCUACUGCCCUUGCAAUCGUGCAGAUGUAUAAGCAAAGGCGUCAACCCUAACGCCUGGGAGGUGGAGGGGCUACUCAGCUUUAGACAUUACAGUUUUAGUUGUUUAUUACAUUUUUAGUAUUUUCGAAAACACUUUCACUGAAAGAUCAAAUUCAGGACCUUGGAAGCACAAGCUGAUUUUUAAUUUCUCAUGUAGAUGACAUAAACUUCUCAGAAUUACAAUACUAGUCUAAAGCGGUCUUGUUUGUAUUAAAUAUUGUUGUAAAUAUUGUUUAAAAUACAAGUAAAAAACCUGUAUUUGA